CUCAGUGUCGGCGAAAACAUGAGGAAAGGUGCGAGUCUGGUUUUCAUUCUGUGCCAAUUGCCAAUAUUCUCUCCUCUCAUCACAGAACAUGUUGCAACUAAUAUCAUAGACUUGCAGAACUAUAUUGAAAAGGAGAGCAUUUCAAGGGAUUCUAUGGAUUUGGACUUUUCUAAAAAUCUCAUUCAAAACGUUGAUCCAAAAAUUUUUACUGAAUUUCCUACACUUGUUAAAGUAAGAUUCGAUAAUAACACAAAAUUUCAACCAAAGGAUGAAAAUGGUCCGAUUCUGUUUAGUCAAACUCUACUUGAAUUCAGUUGCAAUUUUUGCAAUAUUACAAAAAUCGGCGAGAGAACUUUCAGUGAAAUGCCAGAGUUGAAAAUUUUGAGUUUGACGAGAAAUCAUAUGAAGAGGAUUGAAGAGAGAGCUUUCGCCAAUAAUACAAAGCUCACAGAUUUAACACUCGAUGACAAUGAAUUGGAGGAAUUGCCGGAAAAGUUACUGGAAAAUCUGGCUGUGAAAUCACUCAACAUCAACAAUAAUAGUUGUUACAAAUUUCCCGAAGCGAAACCCUUCCUAAUUAGCAAAAGUUUGGAGAAUUUCAUGUGCAUAUCAUGUAAUAUCACUGAGAUAUAUGAGAAAACCUUCUCCGAAACGCCAAAUCUGCGCAAAAUUCAACUGCAGAACAACCUUAUUCAUCGUAUUGAUGAACGGGCCUUUGUGGGCUUGUCACAGUUAGAAGUUCGCGUGGGAUUAGAUAUUGUGAAAAAUCUACCGCUGCAGCUCAAGAAGGAGUUCUAUGUUGAUCAAGAUUCUGACCCUAAAGACAUCACAACACUCUAUUGGAAGCCGAAAAGCACUAAACAAUGCAGGAAUUUAAGUGACUUUCUUGAGGAAAUCUCUAAGAUGUCAGUUAAAAAUUCUUCACCAAGGAAUUCAACAACUUCCACGACAGAACAAGCAAUAAUUGAGGAAGAAAGUGUAAAUCCAACACUGCUGGAUGCUCUCAUUGCAAUGUAUUUAGUGAUUUGUAUGGUACUUGAAGGUGUUUUGGCCACAGUCGUAAGUCUCUACCUCGCCAAGAUUCUGAGAUCAAAGUCAAAGGAGUUUGACUAUUCAAGUUCAGUGCUGAAUCCAAGUGAUAUUUAUAAAAUUCAUUGAAUAAAGACAAUGUGAAUGAAAAAUAAAUGCAACCAAUUUUAUUAUAAUCAUCCGUACAUGGCAAUUAAAAAUUAUAGGAUUUCACAUAAAAUGUCACUCUGUUAGACCGAAAAUAUCACAAAAUCGUUUAACAAAAAUACGGCAGGGAUCGUCAUAAUGUCUUUUCAGUAAAAUUUCAGCAAUCUUCUCAGCAAUCUUAGCUGAACAGAUUUCUUUAGCUAUGGAUAUAUUUAGUUGCUGAAGUGUCAUGUACUUUUGAAAAUCAAUUUCAUUCAUUACUCUGUCUGAAGACACAACAUUGAUCAUCUAUACCUAAACCGUCUAAAUCCUAGUCUUAAUCGCAUUAAGUCCUGAAAUCCAAAAGUCCAUAUAAAGCUCAAUAUGUAGAUUCCCAUAUUUA